AUGUAUUUCUGGGAUAUAUUGCAGGAUUACUUUCUGCCUACGCGAGCACGAGGCGUGGGGGUAGACGCGGAGACCGAAGAAGCGGUUGACCUAGAUGAGCCUCAGGGGGAAGCGACUCUGAGCCGCUUGAUAGUCAAGGGAACGACUGGAAGGGCAUCAAUCAGCUGGGGCAACACGUUCCUCAAGUGGCUGGUAGACAUUAUUUUCGGAACGAUGUGGAAGACUGCUGUCUCCCUGUUGAUGAGUGGUUUCAUAGGCCACAGAGGAGAGCGAAUGUCAGUUUCCUCCUUCUUGAUAGGUAAUUCCAUGACCUGGGUAGCUAGGUUUAUACAUCUCAGUAACAUUAUCUCCUUCAUUACGUUUAUUGCAAUACCUACGCCGCAACGCCCGCUGUUUAGGACCGGUACGGGUACGCUCAUUUCUAUAUUAUAUACUUCUCUAUCUAAAGUCGCGUUCACUGGGAUUUCGAAAUCCGAGUUUAAGCGAAAGUUCAUGAUGCAAAUGACUGAGUCGCUGCGGCUCGUUCUGGCGGAGAAGGAAAAGACUGGACUAGCGUAUCUUGUGGACGAAUUGCAAGACUUAAGAAAAGAGAAGCCCUUCUAUUAA